AUGACCAGCCCUCACCAGCCUUACACGGCGACCGUCCGUGCACUACCGCUACCGCCCAGGCGCACAGCGUCUCGCAACAGCUCUAUCGCACGCCCGCCCACCCCCUCUCCAGAGCAGGAGUUCAGCACAAGUGUAGAUGUGAACUCCCCCGGUCACAUCACGACGCCGCGAGGUGACGAGCUCAAUCCCACCCCUGCACCGCUGCAGCACGCGUCGCAGCGUAAGUACGUCGACGAGACUGCUCAUCCUCCGCCAGAGGACUCAAAGCAGCCAGUUUCGCCCACCACGCGGAGGUCCAACAAGGUGCUAUCAAAUCGGCCGGCUGCACAGCCAACCCCUCGGCAGAAGCCGCAGGAGUCGACGGAGAUGGAGUUUGACAACUCCAGUCUACUCUCUUCGUACCGCAGCAGCGUACCAGAUACCAACGCGAAGGCGCACCUGGCAAAGGAGCGUCCGGCUGAAGGCGGCUACACGAUCUCUCCGAAGUCAAAUAUGGCUGUUAUAGUGCCGGAAGUCGAGAACUCCGCCAACAGCAGCCCGUCUCUGAACUGCAAAGUCGGCGCAGCAGUGGUGGUGGCAGCGAAUGAGAAUGUCGAUGUCGUAUCCAUGCAGUCGAUCAAGAUCUCCAUCUCUCACCAUACUCAGAUGCCUGUCAACCACCACAGCACUCCGGCCGCAGCGGUGGCGGCCAGUGGCACCCGCUCUGCAGCAAGGCAGUCCACUGCGUCGCGCUACAUUCAUUCCAAGGAAUCCAGAGAGCACUACGAUGAUGAGCCGCGGAAGGCUAAGAACACCUACAGGAGCCCUCAGAAGUAUCAGCGACAGCAGCCAAAGACACACGGUGGAUCUGCCGCAGAAACUACGGUGCACCCAGAAGCCCCUGCAGCGAACAACGAGGGCAGCAACGGGCGGGGAGAUGGACCAUCGCAUGCUUACUCAAGGGGCGAGCCAAGCUCCCGUUGCGACAAGCACAGCGUCUGCAGCCCACCCGUGCGCAGCGUCGAUCCGCACAACCCCUCUCCGCGUAGCAAUAACAGCGAAGCCCUCUCAUCAUCUCCAGAGGCGGUUUAUCUCCAUCCCACCGACGAGCACACUCAGCACAGGAUGAAGGAGCCCCGAACUUCGAAGCCGCGUGCGGAAUCGAAGAAUGCAUCGCACCGCUCAAUGGAGCUCAGCAGCGAGCGGAUGGCUGUGGUACCCGUUGAGACAACCCUGUGGUACAGCACCCGCCCCUCCCGCAAUGACAAAGACCCACUGGAUAUGAACACCCCUAAUGCAGAGCGGGUGUGCCUCACGUCCGCAUUGACACUGCACCGCUCCAGAUCGGAGUCUGUGCCUGCCGCGGCGCUGGAGGGUACAGAGCUGCUGCCGGGGAUGCCCCAGCUGCAGGGACACAACGACGACAACGUCGAUCGCCCUUACCGCACUAUGGUCCGCUUCAUUGCGCGUCAGCCCGAGGAGGAGAGGCCAGGAUUGGAGGAGAUGCUGGCCAACUACGCUGGUCACGAGAAUACGCUGUGUGGCGCCUUGGGUGGGGCGUACAGCGACGACUUUGAGGUGCUGAAAACCAUCUGCAGUCGCCCACCGGAAGUUCCGCUCUUGGCAGAUCGUCCUCCUGUCGACAAGAGCACCACUGCCUCAUAA